ACCCCCACGCAUCCCAUGCCGCCACAAGAUGAGCUCGACGCGAAAUUCGCCGAAUUGGUGGAAGAGUUGGACCUUACAGCGGUUAAUAAAGCAGCGAUGAUGGAGUUGCCGGCUGCGAAGAAGUGGCAGAUCUAUUGCAGCCGGCGACCACCACCUGGACAAGCACCACCCUUAGCCACAGCGCCACAAGUUGAAGACUACAUCAAGGCUCUUAACGAAAUUGCUGAUGCAUUCGCGUCAUCAGAAGCCCCCUCAGCAACAGAAGCGUGUGCACUAGUCGACGGUUUGAAGACUGCACUUCGGACGCGGGCGCACAGCUUCGUACUACGUUUCAUCAAGCAGGGCGGUCUAGCUGCCUUGUUGGAAGCGCUACAGAGAGCCCCACGAGACGACGCUGCGACGAGACACAACCUCAUCGCUGGAAUCAAGGCGCUUAUGAACAAUUCGACGGGUCGAGCUCAUGUCCUUGCGCACCCUACGAGUAUCGAUCUGAUCGCACAGUCGAUGGACACAGAAAACGUUAAGACAAAAGUUGCUGCCUUGGAAAUUUUAGGAGCAGUUUGCCUCGUUCCUGGCGGACAUAAGAAGGUUUUAGAAGCUAUGAUUCAUUACCAAAAGUACGCGGGCGAAAGAGCUCGUUUUCAAGGUAUUGUGAACGAAUUAGACCGCAGUACGGGUGCCUAUCGUGACGAUCUCGGUCUUAAGACCGCUAUUAUGUCCUUCGUCAACGCUGUAUUGAACUAUGGUCCCGGCGAAGAAAGCUUGGAAUUCAGGCUGCAUUUGAGAUAUGAGCUCCUCAUGUUGGGAAUACAGCCUGUGAUCGAGAAACUUCGAAAAUACGAGAACGAGACCCUCGACAGGCACAUCGAGUUCUUCGAGAUGGUUCGAAACGAAGAUGAGAGGGAACUUGCUAGAAGGUUCGAUAAGCAGCACGUCGACACGAAGAGUGCUGCCGCUAUGUUCGAACUGUUGAGGAGGAAACUCAGCCACACCGCUGCUUACCCCCACCUCCUGUCCAUGUUGGAACACCUUUUAUUGCUUCCAUUGGAGUACAACCCGCACUCGCAGCACUGGCUGCUGCUGGACCGCGUGGUGCAGCAGCUGGUGCUGCAGCAGCCGGCCGCCGGCAGCCGCGCCAGCAGCGUUUACGAUCCAGACGUAGCUCCCUUAGAAAUAAACGUUGGAGAGAUUGUUCACUUGCUAGCCAAGGAAGAGGAACUAGUCGCCGCCAGAACUAAAGCUGAAAACUUGGAGAGAGAAAACGUUGAUUUGGCCACCGAAUUAGCUAAAAAGGAGAAGCAAGUGGACCAGCACACGCAAGAGAAGGAGGAGUUGGAGGGAGUUGUGUCGCGGCUGAAGGAGAGGCUGGAGAGGGAGACGGCCGCGCACAUGGAGUGCGCGGAGCGGGCGCGCGCCGCCGCCUGCCGCGCGCACCAGCUGGAGCAGCAGUUGAAUCAAGAGCGAGUUGAACGAGCGAGAUUUGAGAAACUAGUCAGCGAAGGUAGCAUUCCUGAUGAUGCUAAGGUCAGCAAUUUAAAGAGCGCAGUCAUUGAGACCAGCAGCGCCCCCCCGCCGCCACCUCCCCCCUCACUGUGCCCUCCUCCCCCCGCGGCGCCCCUGCCUCCUCCUGCGCCUCUGGCACCCCCCGCACCCCUCGCCCCGGCACACCCCAGGCCUAAGAAGAACGUCCCCACCCCCGGUAACCCCCUGAAAAGCUUCAACUGGAGCAAGUUGCCGGACACGAAACUCCAUGGAACCAUCUGGCAGGAGCUGGACGACACCAAGUUGUACAACGCCAUGGAUCUACACGCGAUCGACAAAAUGUUCUGCGCUUAUCAGAAAAACGGUGUUCAGAAUGAAGGCUCAGUAGAAGACUUACGGCAACUAGGUUCUAAGCCACGCACCAAAAUCCUCUCUGUGAUCGACGGCCGUCGCGCGCAAAACUGCACCAUAUUGCUAUCCAAACUAAAAAUGAGUGAUGAGGAGAUUUGCCGAGCGAUCCUACGUAUGGAUAGCGCAGAACAACUCCCCUUGGAUAUGGUGGAACAGCUCCUGAAGUUCACACCCAGUGCGGAGGAAGCUGCACUCCUGGAGGAGCAUCAGGACGAGCUCGACAGUAUGGCUCGAGCUGACCGGUUCCUCUAUGAAAUAUCCAAGAUCCCCCACUACUCCCAAAGGGUUCGAACGCUACUCUUCAAGAAGAAGUUCUCCGGAGCGAUAACGGAAGCGAGCAGUCGAGCGUCCGUAGUUCUGAGAGCCGCCAGAGAUAUGACUAGGUCGAGGAGACUCCGAGCCCUUCUGGAGAUAGUCCUUGCCUUAGGGAACUACAUGAAUCGUGGUGCGAGAGGAAACGCAUCCGGCUUCCGACUAUCGUCGCUAGGUAAGCUGGCGGAUACGAAGUCUAGCGUGUCAAGAAACACAACGCUUUUGCACUAUCUCGUUGAGCUGUUGGAGACACAGUUCAAAGACGUGCUACUGCUGGAGGAGGAUUUGCCUCACGUACGUGCAGCGGCCAAGGUGUGUGUGGAACAGCUGGAAAAGGACGUGAGUUCGCUACGGGCAGGUCUGCGUGAAGUAGCGAGGGAGCUGGACUACCACGCCUCGCUGCCCGCGCCCGCCCAGCCGCACGACGCCUUCGUCCCCGUCAUGCGGGACUUCCACGCCCACGCCGUGUGCUCCUUCACCCAGCUCGAGGACCUGUUCCAGGACAUGAAGAGCCGCCUGGAGGCGUGCGCGGCUGCGUUCGGCGAGGAGGCGAGCGCGUCGCCCGAGCAGCUGUUCGGCGCGCUGGACGCCUUCCUGGCGCAGCUGGCGGAGGCGCGCGCCGACUGCGACGCGGCGCGCCGCCGCCGCCACGACGAGCUGCGCCGCACGCGCCACGAGCUGGAGCUCAAGAAACGCACGAUGGAAAGGAAACAAGGCUCGAGUCUGUUAAGCUCGGUUGGUAAAUCUCUCGGGAAAACCAAUGGAACAUCAGAUUGCAACGGUCACUCCGGAGAUAAUUCCAGAGAUGGCACCCUGACGAAUGGACAAAAAGGAGAAUUCGACGACCUCAUCUCGGCUUUGAGAACCGGUGACGUAUUCGGAGAUGACGUGGCCAAGUUCAAGAGAUCAAGAAAAGCAGCUAAAGGUCACAAAGGACGCGAUUCACCGCCGAGAGCAGUUUGCAGGGAAGAUUCCAGAGAACGGCAGAAGAACUGAGCUUAUUGGAGUUUAUUUAAAAAUUGGAAUUAAUAAAAAUGGUUUCCUGGUUUAUUUGGAACAUAAGCGUUUUAAGUGAUAUUUUCCAGUGUUGGAUGGUAGGUUAGUAUAAAAUAAUCGAGUCACAAAUAAACGUUUUCGAUUUAGAGAAGUAGUAGAUUGUGCCAAUAUUUGGUUUCUUUAUGAGUUCGCAUGGUUUUGAAAAGGCCCAUAGACAAUUUAACAUCAGUAGGUCUUUUUUUUAAUGUAUGAUCCGUUUUUAUAGUCUUUAAGCUUAAUGGUGGUUAAGGAGAUUGUUAAGGUUAUGCUUGUAUAUCAGCAUAUAUUCCACGUGUAUAAAAAUAUUACGGUAUUAGCUUAUAAAGAAAUCUGAUAUUAGGAUUGUUAAUGUAACGUAACCAAUAAAGUAUAUCCGGCUUUUUGAGUUAACAAAGAUUUUGAUACAAUUUAUUUUGAAUGGGAUAGAUCUGGACUUUUUGAGGAGUUGUUUAAUAAAAUGGGACGACGAAUACGAUGGAAAAAUUGAAAUUUUAUUCGAGUAAAUAUUAAGACUGCAUGAUAUUCCUUAAUUUAGACGUAUAGUGAGUCAUUUGGUAGGUUAAUUUUUGAAAACGUACCAAUUUUUGACGAAUACAAAUAAUUUACACGGUUUUUUCGAUUUAAAAACAUAUCGCACAUAAUCGCAAAUAUAAAUCGGUUUGACUUUUGAAAAUUGUUGAUUUCGAAAAAGAAAAAUAUCUUUGGACUAGUGGUCUGUACAUUAUAUUAAAAACCAGAGAUAAACUAUUAUGUAAUUUAAUAUUAUGGAUUAUUUAUAAUGAUCCAUUAGAAUAUUCAAAUUUAGUUGACAUCUGCCCUAAGCUUAUGGCACAAAUAAAAAUAUUGUUUCUUAAAAACGUUACAAGUUACAUUGGUAAUAAAUUUAAACUGAACAUAGUAAGGUAUUAUUAUUGGCAUUUGACUUCAACUAUUUUACCUAUAAAAACCGAUCUACAAAUGCGACCCAAUCAAUAUAUUAGUAAGAAUUUACAUUGUAAGGUUUUGAAAUAGAGUGAAUACUUUCAAAAAUAUUUUUAAGCUGACUGGUCAAUUAGGUACGCUUUUGUGGGUCGGUUUCUUUGUAACAACACACUGCAGAUUUACGCACUUGGAAUUUGAUUAAUGAUAAUAAAAUGUAUUCAGGAUUUUUUUAUAGAAACAAAAAUCGACAAUGUGUUGAACGCUUUUCGGCAUGAAAUGUUGGAAUUGUCAUAGAUAUCGCAGUCAUACGAACCAUAGACUAGGAAUUGAUUAUCUAUGCCUAAAUAAUCGGCGUAACUUUUGAAUAUCUAUUGUAGUAUAAUUGUAUGCCAUAUUUGGAAUUUUCGAGAAAUAUACAUUUUGUAAUUUUA